GGAACUCUUCAGUGAACUGGAGUUAAAAAAGCUGUUCUCGUACAAGAGGAAACAGACAGCCAGACCUACUAUAUUUUAUUUAGUGUUGGUGAAAGAUUGUUUGAUAUCAAAGCUUGCUUCCUUGGAAUUGAAGAGUGGUGUUGUUUAUCGCACUGCUGAAUACCUUGAACGUGCGUCCUUAGGGCGGGGAUGAUAAAAUUGACAUAGUUGCUAAGGACUCGAUUGUAGUCGAUAAUGGGAGAUUCCAAUUUUUCCAAAGCUUACAUCCAAACGUUAAUCGAUGAGCUGAAAACAUCAAAGAUUUAUACGGAUCUCCAAUUUGCAGCACAGGUAGAAAUAGCCAAACCUACCUUGAGGUUGUCAGAAUUAAAGAAAGGGGUACUUAAUGGCCUUGUGAACUCAGGUUGGGAUAGAAAGCUAAGAAAUGCAAUAUACAGAUUUCUACAAACACACCCAAAACUUCAACACCCCGCCCCGCCUGCAGAACAUUUGAAAGAACCUCUAGUCUUUCUCAGAAAAGCACAGCAAUCAUGGGAAAAGAGAAUUCUGAAAAGCUUAAACAGUAUGUGCACAGAGCUGAAUAUUCCGCUAGCUAGAAAGAGACCAGAGAAGGAACAGAAAGAAUGGGCACAGAAAUGGACGGAGCUUGGAAUUGACGGCCCAGUCCACAUUGAAAAGACUGUGCCAAAAGAUGCUGCCGCAGAAGAUCUGAGUCAGAUUCGUCCUGUGUAUGCCCCCAAAGACUUCCUGGAGGUGAUUAUUGGUCUACAGAACCCAAACUACCACGGAUCUGAUACCCCAGGAUUCUAUCAUCUCUGGGGAAUUGUGCAAGUACCUAUAAAUGUUAAAGGCAUUGAUGAAUUGAGGCUUCAGUAUAGUGAGAUGUCAAUUAAUCAAUGUCAAUCCGGAAUAGAUGAUGCCCAGGACAUUCCGUCAGAACUCUUUGAACAGGAAAGGGUCAAACUAGGACGAAAAGUCAUCAAUACAAAUCAUGGCCCUCUUGCUCAGGAAUUUUCUAAGAAAGGUUGUCCAACCAGCAUGAGAGCAACAUUAUGGUGCCAUAUACUAUCUAUUGAGGUGGAUGAAAUUGACAUCUUGUAUUAUGAACAGCUAAAAACAAAUGUCUUGCAACAUGACUUGCUGGUUGACAGUCUACUAUACAAGGAUGUGAAACUGACCGCCACAAAUGAUGACCAAUACUUUGUUUUUGAAGAUUUUCUGUAUCAGGUUCUUAUACCAUUUUCAAGAGACACAUUUGUCUUGAAGCAUUUUGAUUAUAACAGUGCCAGCCCUCCAAAGUCCUAUAUCCGAGGUCGGCUAGGCAUGGACGAAUUUGCCGUGAAUUACCCACCGAAUGGAGUGAUCCCUUUUCAUGGAUUUGCCAUGUAUGUGGCUCCAAUGUGUUUUCUGUACAAAGAGACCAUCACCCUGUAUUACGUCUUUAGAGAGAUGUAUGUUCGCUAUUUCUUCCGACUACACAGUAUAUCCUCACACCCUCAGGGCAUUGUAGGUUUGAGUUUGCUGUUUGAGACACUUCUUCAAACACACGAACCCGAUUUAUUUUUCCAUCUGAAGUCUGUGGGGUGUCAACCCCUUAAGGUAGCCUUUAAGUGGUUGGUACGUGCCUUUUCUGGUUACCUGUCCAGCGACCAGGUGCUAUUGCUAUGGGACCGUGUUUUAGCGUACAAUUCUCUGGAAAUCUUGUCAGUGCUAGCGGUUGCAAUAUUCUCCUUUAGAAAGACCAAUUUAAUGAAGGUACAAUCCUACAACGCAGCAGAGGCAGUAUUAGCGGAUUUGACAACGUUGCAAGUCAUCCCCCUGAUUCAGCUAAGUCUGUUCUCCAAAUGAAAGCUCUCUGAUGGAUGAUCUGUCGGACUAAUCGUGGACUUUGCGUUAAUGACACAGACUUGGUGACAUUAAUUACCAAACAUCGAGAUUCCCCAUCAUCAAUUAUAGCCCUUAAUAUUUGUCGUUAUUUUACAAUAUUACGACUGUGAUAUUUUAUGUGUAGUUUCAAUGGGGAGGAUAUUGUCUACUUCGUUUGUUUUACUUGAGGUGGAUUUUCCGAGAAGAGAAAAUACGUUGAAUAUAGAGGAAACAUUAUUUAUAUUUUGUGAUUUUACACACAAAAACCCACAUUAAAAUGCUUUAUAUUUGAUAAGUGUAGAAAUAAAUGCUAAAACCUUA